AUGUCUAGCCUUAGUGACCUCCUCAAUCGCCAAACCCCUACGCCAUGGGAACAAUUCCUGGCCCGCCCUUGUAUCUUUGUUGCGCGGAAGCUGUAUACUUGGCAUCAAAUCAUCCUCCCACAACCACUCACAAACGCUGUUGCUAUUAUCUGCGUCUCCGAUACCCACAACUGUCAACCCAGCCUUCCCGAUGGAGAUAUUCUCAUUCAUGCCGGUGAUCUCACACAAUCGGGCUCAUUCAAGGAACUCCAGGCAACACUCGCCUGGUUACGCGCCCAGCCCCAUCCCACAAAAAUAGUUGUUGCCGGCAAUCACGAUGUUUUACUCGACGCAGCGCGCGACGACUCAGACCAAGCUAUCACCGAGCGAGCCCAGCUCGACUGGGGUGACAUUAUCUACCUAGAAAACGAGGAGACUACGGUUUCCUGUGCAAAUGGUCGUCAGCUCAGGAUCUACGGAAGUCCUCUUACUAGACGCAAUGGUAACUGGGCCUUUCAAUAUCCUCCCGAUCAAGACGUAUGGUCUGGCUCGGUGCCUGGCGGGACUGAUGUGCUCAUAACUCAUGGCCCGCCACGUGGUCACCUUGACUUGCUGACUCUGGGCUGUGCUCACCUGCUGCGAGAGUUGUGGAGAGUCAAGCCUAGACUACAUGUGUUUGGACAUGUCCAUGCGGGUGCAGGCACUGAAUUGAUCUUGUUUGAUACGCUCCAGGAGGCGUACGAGCGCACGGUCAUUGCUAGAGGGGGUAUUUGGAAUCUUCUGUAUACAAUACGCGAGUUUGUCAAGACAUGUUACAAUCCGAGUGUCGAGGCAAAAUGUUUACUUGUGAAUCCAGCCAUUGUUGGAGGAUUGAGAGAUGAUGAACGAAGACAGCCCGUCAAAGUUGUCAUUUGA